CAGUUUCAACUUCGUCUCCCUCCUUCACCAUCUCUAUAUUACACACACACAUCUCCUCUCUAUGGAUUCAUAGUCUUACAUCUCCUGCAUUCUCCCAUGGCGGGUCUGUUCUACUCUUCCUCAACAUCACCAUCAUCAGCAUCAUCCUCUUACUCGCGUCUUCUAUUACUCGUAACCCUCCUCCCUCUCUCCCUCGCCUGUUUCGCCUUUAUCCUCCAAUGGCGCGGAGGACUCGACGACCCGGUUACCCACUGGUCCACGGAUCAUCACGAGUUCCCUGGAAUGUCCUCAACCCACGAGAAACAACAACAACGCUCCUUGCGUGGCUCGAAUCCUGAUUCGGGUUGCGUUGAUCUUCUGGGUCAGAGCCGUGCUCCUUCGUUUCCUUAUUUCAGGGAUUGGAGUUUCGAUUACCAAUCGGAUCUGAACCCUAAGAUUUGUAUUACGACAAGCACUUCUGCUGGGUUGGAGCAAACGUUACCGUGGCUUUUCUAUCACAAAGUUAUUGGAGUUUCGACGUUUUAUUUGUUUGUUGAAGGGAAGGCUGCUUCUCCAAACGUGUCUCGAGUUCUGGAGAGCAUACCAGGUGUAAAAGUUAUACACAGGACAAAAGAGUUAGAAGAGCAGCAGGCUAAAAGCCGGAUAUGGAAUGAGACUUGGUUGGCGAGCUUCUUUUACAAACCUUGCAACUAUGAAUUAUUCGUGAAACAGUCUUUGAACAUGGAGAUGGCAAUCACCAUGGCUCAGGAUUCUGGUAUGGAGUGGAUAAUUCAUCUUGACACCGACGAGCUUAUACACCCUUCUGGAACCUAUGAAUAUUCUUUAAGGAAAUUGCUUGGAAACAUCUCUGCAGACGUGGAUGCAGUUAUCUUUCCAAACUAUGAGAGCAGCGUUGAGCGAGAUGAUAUCAAAGAGCCUUUCAGUGAGGUAUCAAUGUUCAAGAAAAAUUAUGACCAUCUUCCGAGGGAUGUUUACUUUGGAAACUAUAAAGAGGCCACUCGUGGAAACCCAAACUACUUCUUAACAUAUGGAAAUGGAAAAGCUGCUGCUCGUGUUCAGGACCAUCUUCGUCCCAAUGGUGCUCAUAGAUGGCACAACUACAGGAAGAGUCCAAAGGAGAUCAAACUAGAAGAAGCGGCAAUAUUGCACUACACUUAUCCCAAAUUUUCAGAUCUUACUUCAAGACGUGAUCGUUGUGGUUGCAAGCCCACUAAGGUGGAUGUUAAGAGGUGUUUCAUGUUGGAGUUUGACAGAGCUGCAUUUAUCAUUGCUUCAACAGCAAGUUCAGAGGAAAUGCUUCAAUGGUACAGAGAGCACGUUGUGUGGACAGACCAACAAUUGAAGUUGAAACUCCUUAGAAAGGGAAUUUUAACUCGCAUUUAUGCCCCCAUGGUUAUAAUUCAAGAGUUAAGAGAGGCAGGUGUGUUCAGCUCAGUGGUAUCCUCAGCUCACAUGUCUCUGAACAACUCUUCAACAAUAAGCACAAACCAAGAAUCAUCUCAGAUGAUGACUGGUAGGAGGAGAGUGUUGGAAGCCCAUCUUGAUCUUGACACUCAAGCAUCAGCCGUACCACCACAAUCACCUCCAGGCUUGGAAGCAACUCAUAUAGAACAACAAUCAGAAUAGUAAAGUGGGAAUUUUUCAGAAUGAUUUUAACAGGUUUUGAACAUGAGCUCUGGUGUACAUUUCGGAAAAUUGUUUCCUAUAGGUUAUACACACAGAUGAAUAGAGGAGGAAAUAGAAUGUUAGCAGGCUUCUAUUCUAUGUAAUAUGCAGAAACACUUGAUUCUAUUACUUUAAAUACAAAGUCAUCGCCCUUUAUGAUCC